AUGGCGGCGGGUGGUGGGCAGGACGACGAGGCGGUGGGGACGCCGCCUAUCGCGGGUGGCGGAGGACCGUCGGUUGGAUCAACGAUGGUGGCGGGGGCGUCGAGGUUGAAGCGGUUAGUGGUGACGGCAGUCGAGGGCGGCGGGUUCAGCGGCGGUGGCGUCGUCGGAACAUGGCGGGGAGGCGGUGGCGACGGAGGAGCGCAGGGAGAGGGCGCUGGGGCGGAGGAGGGAGAAGGGCAGCAAAGGAGGGCCGGUCAUACCGGCGUCAGGGAUGGCGUCGUCGAGACGAAGGCCGGCGGAGCGUGA